AUUAUGUGCUAAAGGUGUCCCAUAUUCCCCCAUUCUAAGUACCUAAAAAAUGUAUACAGUAAGUUACAUACGUGGUAACGACUGUCGUUUCCCUUUAUACGAGGAUAUUCAAUUUAUACAUUUAAUCGUUUUCAUUUAGGCUUUGCUUGUAAUACCAAAAGAAUAUAAUUCGACCCGUCAUUGCUGUAUAUAGAUUUCUUUUCCGUUUCUCGAACCCUACAGUAUGAGAAGAAAAUGUGCAGUAGUUUUCCUGUCGUGCUCGUUUGCAGUUGGUGAGUGCUUGACGAAAGGAGACAACGACAAAGCUCUAAGAAAGAUCAAUGAAAUAUUCGAAUCAUUCCACCAAAAACCGCAAGGUAUCUCGCUUUUGGACCUAACCCGUUUCAGUAUGCUAACAAUUUUCCAGCAAGGGAAUUAGAAUUUUAACCCGACCAGCAGCAGAAUCGCCUUACAAGAAACUCAAUAACUUAUUGGAACGUUUCGUGACAUCCCCCUAUACAAUUUACAAACUAAAGGGGAGCUUCGCCGUACUGUCGUUAAGGCGACGCCGCUGGUGAAGAAUCUUAUUCAAAUGGAAAGAACAAAAGACUUAAGAAAGCUGAGAAAAAGAAUGACCAAAAUUAGCCAAUCAAUUGUGCAACUAUUCGGAAAUAACUUUGUCGGUCAUGUUGGCUACGCCACAUUUAAUCGCUUCAAUUCAUCUUUUCUGUUUUUGUUGGCAAUUGAUUCUGUCAUAGAAAGAUUUCUCAGUAGCGGAAACAAAGAAAAGGCGCUGGCUGGAAUCGAUCUCAUACCUUUGCACUUUACAGAACUAACAGGCGUUCCUAGUUGGGUGCUGACUUAUGUACAAAACGAAUAAUGCAAUGGACUUAAAAAACGUUCUUCCAUUUUACCACUUAAAAACACCAGUCAAAACACCAUUUAUGGUUACUAAAUUGGAUUCCAUUCGUAUUUUAUUCAAAACACGAAUAACAGAAUUUUUAAAUGCAUUUCAGUAAAUUUGCCAAUUGGAUGUGUUAUUUUAUUUUAAGUAUAGUAUAGGGGUGGGGGAAAACGGUACAGCUUUAGCAUAUAAUUUACAAAAAUCCUGAUUAUGUUUUAAACAAUUAGCAACCAUCUAGGAGAAAAUAGAAUAAAAGGUGUCCCAUCUCCCCCCUACUUUGUUAUAUAUAUUAUAAAUAACGCUUUUCUAAUUUUUGAAUGCAGUUUUCAAUUCUUUGGUAUGUACAUAGGGAAAUACCCAUUAGCGCAACGAGAGUUUCAGAUUUUCACUUCAGUUAUUCUAAUUGAACAGUGAAACCUACUAUGGUGAAACCAUAAGAGUCCACACAUAGAUUACAUUGCAGCUAGAUGUAUAUACUGUUUAUGGUUUCUGUUAGCGCAUAUUAGUUGUUUUUGUUUGGAUAAAAUGACCUGGACGGAUUUAGCCUUUUUCUUUAUUAUUGUAAUUCUAGUUUUAGCCCUUUGUCUCAUAUUUCAUUUUAUUGUGGUAAGGGGUUUCGGAGCUAUCGAAAGAAAAUUGAACGCUGCAUUAAAUGACUUCGUCGACUCGUUUGUUCUUAGAACAGAAAAUGAAAUUGAGAAAGAUAUGAAAGCUAUCUUGUCGCUUGUUCAAGAAGCAAUUGAACCCAAUAUUACAGUCGAUUUGCAUCGAGUACGACGAAAACUUUGGGAAGCGUAUAUUGAGAUUUCUCUUACCGACGUGGUCACUUCUGAAACUUCAAAUAUGAAGGAAAGUUGCACGAAAGUUCUUCGUUCGACUUCCAAGAUCAUUAACAAAUGUCUUAUUAAAAAUGAUUGUGCUACAGCUUUAAGAGAAAUUAAUGGAAUUGUCGCAAAGUUCGACUAUGAAACUCAGCAUGUAACCCGGGUUUCGAGACAUGACUUCAGUUUUGCCGAUAAAUUUAAAGCGGAUAUUUCAGAUAUAAUGAAACCACCAGAACCACCACAGCAACGUCCAUUGGCAAUUACUCAGUCUUCCGGUCAAGAAACACUAACCUCUAAUAAGGAACUAAAUACUUUAUUAAAACGAAUCAAAAACCGACCUUAUACUAUUUACAAAACUAAAGGUGAACUGCGCCGUGUUGUACUAAAGGUAUUGACAAAUGUAAAGGAUUUGAUUCAAUUGGGUGAGGUGUACGAUUUGGAAAAGCUGACAUAUACCUUGCCUGAAAUCAGCCACGCGGUGUUUGAAAAAAUGCACAAGCCGGAGAAUCAAGCAUACCAUGACCGAUUCCAUGCAACUUAUGUCUUUGCAGUGUCAACUUUUCGAGUUGUAAAGUGCUUUCUGGGUGACAGGAUGAAAGUUUUAGCGAUGAUAGGCAUCGAUAACAUUGCAUUGAACUUUGAUGAAGAAGCCGGAGUUCCACUUGAAUUAUUUCAGGUUCUGGAACAACGACUGUUGGAAUCUGUAUAAGACCCAAUUUCGGAUAAUUUUUUUGUAUCUUUUGUAUUGCGAUUUUUAGAAAUUUGUGCACACACACACAAGUGGUUUUUAUCAAGUUUUUUCCAUGUGGUUUCUACACAGUUCGUAAGAAAAAUAUUAGCAUUGUAAAUAAUCCCGUUCUUUGCGAAAUUGUGAUUUUUUAGUUGGCAUAUAAACCAGCUAAACUUACAGUAUAUGAAUAUUAAACAUGCUUUGAUUACUGCACGGUAUCCACGUCGCUUAACAUUUGUGUAAUUGCUUCCGCAUGUAACGCAGCGAAGUCUCUACCUUUUCCCUGCAGCUGCUUGAUUACGGCGUGUUCGGCGCUUUCUGCAAUUUAAUAAUGAAAGAGUGCUGUUAGUUAGAACCACCAGUAUUCGCUGUACUGUUGCUCUGUGUAUAGUGUUGCUUUGUUAUUUGUGUUUACGUGCAUUAUAUCUUCGCUCAGUUGACAUGUAAGUUCUACUUUAUUUAUUGUAUUGUAGGGUAAAAUGAAAUACCUUUAGCACAUAGUCAUAGAAUCUCAUAUUUCCUUAUAGUGUUUUGAACAAUUAACAACGACAUUUUGGAGUCGCUGGGCUAUCUAGCUACAGUUAUAUAAUUCUGUAAAUAUUUACUGUUUACUACCAAAUGGGACGAAAUAGAAGAAUAAAAACAUGUAUACUAACGUUUAUAAUUUAUUGUAUCGCUUCGGUUUAAUUUAACUAUAUAUGUUUAUACUCUAGUAAUAAAAGCUUAGUAGACUGCCA